AUGAAUCCCAAGAACCAUGAAAACGAAGGUUUUAUCGCAACUCCUGAUACGACGCCGUCCGCUCGUGUAUCAAUAUUUGCCAAGGGUCCAUUCCGUAAAUAUAGGCAAAUGGUCUUUCAGACAAGGAUCUUCGAAGCUGUUGCAGAUAGAAUCUCAAUGCCGUCUCCGUACACCAAGCGUCGCUCCCUCUCCGCGCCUCCGUCUGUCACCCGUCGGUCGAAAGGAGGAUUCUUUUAUAAACCUAUCCUAUUCACUCUGUUUCUCCUCGCCUUGCCGCUGUUCCCUUCUCAGGCUCCGGAGUUCGUCGGCAGCGAGACAGUGCUCACCAAGUUCUGGGAACUGAUUCACCUCCUUUUCGUCGGCAUUGCUGUCGCUUAUGGUUUGUUUAGCCGUAGGAGUGUUGAAUCAUCGCUUGAUUCGAGGACGAGCCGUGUAGUAGAUGAGUCUUCCUUGUCUUAUGUCUCUAGUUUCUUCCCGGUUUCCUCUGUUUUCGACGAGGAUUCUUGUGAUUUUAGGAGUGAUGUGAGUGCUCGAGGUUCUCUAGCUGUAGUGAGUGAGAGAGGAUCUGAGUCUUUUAGUCAAGUGCAAGCUUGGAACUCGCAGUAUUACCAAGGGAGAUCUAAAGUUGUUGUUGUUGCUCGACCAGAUUAUGGUCUUGAUGGCCAUGUUGUGCACCAGCCAUUAGGCUUGCCGGUUAGGAGUUUAAGGUCUGGUUUGAGAGAUGGCGCAGCUCUUGAGGACAGCUCUUGUGAUGAAGCUGUAAACGAGGAAGCUGAGGAGUCAUUGGCUGAUAAGGAUUUUGAUGAGGUCGUGGCUGCUCCUCCGUCUCCACCUGUUGUUGUUCCAUGGGAUUCUAGACCUGAAAUGAUGGCAAUGGGAGACAACUAUUUUUCAAAUUUUCAGCCUCUGCCAGUGGAUGAAACUCACUAUGCGGCACUUGAAUCAAGAUCUUCUCAGUCUACUGUUUCUUCUUCUUCUUCUUCUUCUUCAUCAUCAAGAACUAGCUUUGAGUCUCAUACUCAGAACAGAUUCUCACCUUCUCGUUCUGUGUCUGAAGAGUUGUUAGACCCGAAUGUGGAUGAACCAGUUAAGGAGAAGAGUCUUGAGGCUUCAUCAAGGUCUAGUUCCCCAUCUCCACCAUUGGUGACUGAUGAUACGCACAGGCGUGUCUUACAUUCUCGGCGUUAUAGUGAUGGCUCUUUGGUAGAGGAAGAUGUAAGGCAGGGGCUGGAAGAUGAACUGGAGACGAGUGAAGUCAGAAGCAGAAGAAACGAGAAGAUCUUCAAGAAAAAGGAGCUGGGAUCAAAAUCACUAAAACUGACUGCUGAAAGUUCCCGGAAAGGGAAGAACAAAUCUCGCAGAUCAUAUCCUCCUGAUCCAAUUUCAUCUCCCAUUAGUGGUGCUGAUGAUUCCACAACUAGAAGGCACAAGAGUGAUGACCAUUUGCUUGAAGACAAUAUCAGGAAAGGAUUGGAGUCUGACCGCAACAAGGUGAGGGUUAAGAAGGGACGGAGUCAAGACUCUUUGCCCCCAUCACCACCACUGCCUCCAUCUCCACCAUUAGUGAUUGAUGAUACACACAAGCGUGUCUUACAUUCUCGGCAUUAUAGUGAUGGUUCUUUGUUAGAGGAAGAUGAAUUGGAGGUAAGUGAAGUCAGAGGCAGAAGAACAGAAGUCUUCAGCAAGAAGGAGCUGGGAUCCAAAUCACUGAAACUGACUGCUGAGAGUUCCCGGAGAGGGAAGAUCAAAUCUUGCAGAUCAUAUCCUUCUGAUGCUGAUGAUUCCACCACUAGAAGGCGUGAUCUUCAGCACAAGAGUGAUGGCCAUUUCCUUGAAGACAGCACCAGGAAAGGAUUGGAGUCUGACCAUAACAAGCUGAGUGUCAAGAAGGGAGGGAGUCACGAGUCUUUGGAGCUAACAGCAGAAGCUUCAAGCCUGACCAUUCCUGCUGUGGAUGUAGAGUUCCAACCAAAGAACGCCAAGGCUUCAAGGCGUGCAGUGCGCUCUUCACGAGGGGACUGUGACACUUUGCUGGUGAAAGACAUCAAAAGAAACUCAGAGGAUGACUUUAUGGAUAAGUCUAGAAAGAAAGAUGUUCAUGGUGAUAACAAGGAAGUGAAAUCAAGUAGUCCAAGACGUGAACCACAAUCUUGGAGAGGUUCUAGUAAAGCUUCAUCUCGAGGGAAGUCCGUGAGGACCAUAAGAUCUGAUCGCCAUGGGAAACAUCUAAAGACAGGUGGAGAUUCAUCUCAUGACAGGACAGAACCUAAAGCAGAAAGCCACGGAAGAACAAAACCAAGAAGACAAUGGCAACAAGAGCUAGCAAUUGUGCUACACCAGGAGAAGCUUCCAGAAACUCACGCUAAAUCAGAGCCACAAGACGAUGAUGCUACUGAAGAAACCGAGGUAAAGCAACUUCAACUAACCUUGGAGGAAGAAGAAGAAGCUGCAGCAGCUUGGGAAAGCCAGAGCAAUGCAAGCCACGACCACUACGAAGUUGAUAGAAAAGCUGAUGAGUUCAUAGCCAAGUUCAGAGAACAGAUUAGGUUGCAGAAACUUCAUUCCGGUGAACAACCUAGAGGUGGUGGAAUUGGCAUUAUCCGAAACAGCCACAUCAGAUGACACAUCAUUACUUGUAUUAUUGAUGUAUGAUUGAUUCCAGAUGUUGUGAUAAUAAUAUAUAUAUAUCUGUGGACUUAUCAUGUUUAUUUUA